AUGGAAAAAAUAGAGCACAAGAUCGUACCAGUUAAUGGCCUGAAUAUGCACGUAGCCGAGCUUGGUGAGGGGCCGUUAGUCCUUUUCCUACAUGGCUUCCCGGAGCUUUGGUACUCAUGGCGGCACCAAAUUCUGUACCUGGCGGCUCAAGGAUACAGGGCUGUGGCGCCAGACUUGAGGGGUUAUGGUGACACCACUGGUGCACCAGUUGAGGACCCAUCAAAAUUCACUAGUCUUCACAUAGUGGGUGACCUGAUUGCUCUGCUUGAUGCCAUUGCGCCUGAAGCAGAUAAGGUUUUUGUUGUUGGGCAUGACUGGGGUGCUUACAUGGCCUGGCACUUGUGCUUGUACAGGCCUGACAAGGUUAAGGCUUUGGUAAAUUUGAGUGUUGCUUUUACUUCAAGGAGUCCAAAAAUGAGUCCUGUUAACCAUUUUCGCAGUCUGUAUGGAGAUGACAACUAUAUUUGCAGAUUUCAGGAUUUCCACAAUGACGGUAUCAAAAAGUAG